CCAUUGCUCGCGGCUGGCGGGGGGGGCGCGGGCGAGGCGGAGGAGGAAGGAGCCGGCGAAGGAGGCGGGGGGGCGGUUUAAAGGGACAAGAGCCGUGCGGGCGCCGGUGGGGGGAGUCGGAGCGGCGGCGGGCGGGGACUCGCCCCCUUCCCCACACACCGCCCGCUCGCACCGCGGCCAGGGUCGCCUCCGCCGCCAGCGCCCCCCUCCCCUCCCUUCCUCUCCGCCCGCCGCUUCCACAGCGGCCUCUAUGAGGUAGAAGGGAGCGGCGGCCACUCCGGGGGCGGCAGCGGCCGCUACAGCCGCCGCCUCCUCCUCCUUCUCCUGCUCGCCUCAGAGCGCCCCAUCUUUGUGUGCGGGAGAAGGGCGGGAGGGAGUGCGCGCUGCCCGCCCGCCGCGCUUUGUUCGGAGCCGGGGGGCCGUGGCGGAGCCCCGGCUCUAUGUGCCAGCGGCUCCCCGGCGGCGGCGGCGUGAGGGGCCGGAGCCCCUGAGGGCGGGGGGGCCCCGGCCCGUGUCGGUGCUGUGGGGCGGGGGAAGGGGCCGGCUCGCUGCCCGCCGGCCCGGCCCGUGUGCGGGCGGAUUGAUGUGGGGGGGUCUGACAUGAGUCCGCCGGCGGCCGGGUGCUGCCAUGUGACCGGCUUCAAGGUGGAGAACUGGAAGCAGAACCUGCGGGCGAUUUACCAGUGCUUCGUGUGGAGCGGCUCGGCCGAGACCAGGAAGCGCAAGGCAAAGUCGUGCAUUUGUCAUAUGUGUGGUGCCCACCUGAACAGACUCCACUCUUGCCUCUACUGUGUCUUCUUUGGCUGUUUUACAAAGAAACAUAUUCACGAGCACGCGAAGACAAAGCGACACAAUUUAGCCAUAGACCUUUUGUAUGGGGGUAUAUACUGCUUUAUGUGUCAAGAUUACAUAUACGACAAAGACAUGGAACAAAUUGCCAAAGAAGAACAACGAAAAGCUUGGAAAUUACAAGCCUUCACCCCAACAGUGGUUUCUCACUACCAGUGUACAAUGACAGGCAUUGGAGAGAAGUAUUCAACAUGGGAGCCGACCAAGCGAGAGUUAGAAUUGCUACGACACAACCCCAAGCGGAGAAAAAUAACCACAAACUGCACCAUAGGUCUACGAGGGCUAAUCAAUCUUGGGAACACAUGUUUUAUGAACUGUAUUGUCCAGGCACUUACCCACACUCCACUGCUGCGAGAUUUCUUCCUCUCCGACAGGCACAAAUGUGAAAUGCAAAGCCCCAGCUCAUGUCUGGUCUGUGAAAUGUCUACACUCUUUCAGGAGUUUUACUCUGGGCACCGAUCUCCUCACAUUCCAUAUAGGUUAUUGCACCUGGUAUGGACUCACGCACGGCAUUUAGCAGGGUACGAGCAACAAGAUGCACACGAGUUCCUCAUUGCUGCAUUAGAUGUGCUACACAGACACUGCAAAGGUGAUGAUAAUGGGAAGAAGGCCAACAACCCCAACCACUGUAACUGCAUCAUAGACCAAAUCUUCACAGGCGGACUGCAGUCAGAUGUUACCUGUCAAGUCUGCCACGGCGUUUCCACAACGAUAGACCCGUUCUGGGACAUCAGUUUGGAUUUGCCAGGCUCUUCCACCCCGUUCUGGCCGCUGAGUCCGGGGAGUGAUGGCAGUGUCGUGAAUGGGGAAAGCCAUGUCUCGGGCACCACCACUCUCACAGACUGCUUGCGAAGGUUUACAAGGCCAGAACAUCUAGGAAGCAGUGCCAAAAUCAAAUGUAGUGGUUGCCAUAGCUACCAGGAAUCCACCAAACAACUCACUAUGAAGAAGUUACCCAUUGUGGCCUGUUUUCAUCUCAAACGGUUUGAACACUCAGCCAAACUGAGGCGGAAGAUCACUACGUAUGUCUCGUUUCCACUGGAGCUGGACAUGACACCUUUCAUGGCUUCCAGUAAAGAGAGCAGAAUGAACGGGCAGUACCAGCAGCCGACGGAUAGUCUAAACAAUGAUAAUAAGUAUUCCUUGUUUGCAGUAGUUAAUCACCAGGGAACCUUGGAGAGUGGGCAUUAUACCAGCUUCAUCAGGCAGCACAAGGACCAGUGGUUCAAGUGUGAUGAUGCCAUAAUCACCAAGGCAAGCAUUAAGGAUGUGCUAGACAGUGAAGGAUAUUUGCUGUUCUAUCACAAACAGUUCCUGGAGUAUGAAUAGCCUUAUCCAGCAGCUUGUCAGAUAUAAACAAGGAAGAAAAUACACAAGCCUUCUAAAUCGACACACAAACCUACCUGAAAUGAAAAGACCCAUUAAAAACCAACUCGCACUGAGCUGUAACAGGACCUACUUGACACUGACUCAAAGCCUGGAGAGUGAGAAAUGAACAAUGUCCGACGUGUGUGCGGUCCCACGAGGGCAGAAAGGGGGAAAGGAGGCUGCAGUCAGUCACUUAACAGAGGAAAUAUAAAAUGAAAGGAAUGCUCUGGGUGGGGGAAAUGGGAGCAGAGGAGUCCGGGUGCUGGUACAUCUCCUGUGUUCCUCCAAAAUGUGUGUGGGAAGGCAAAAGGGUUCUACCCUCAUCUCCAUAAAGCAUCUUCUCCAUUUGGUGCUUCAGCUCCAACGACCAAUCAUAUAACAGUUAAAAUUAAAAAUCCAAACCCAUUUUUUUAUGCAUAUGGGUCUGAAAGCAGUAGAGUGGAGGAGGAGGGGAUGAGACAACUAAAGGACUUUGCAAGUAUCUUUUUAUUUGUGAAUUUUAGUUAUUAAAUAAAUACAGUAUGAAACUAUUAGGCUCUUUUUUUUCCAACAACCAUAAAAGAAAUCCUGGAUUGUGGAACUGAAGCUGCAGUACUCAGACAGGUUUUCAAGCAUGCCUGCUUGCACAGGUAAUGUUCAAUGCCAUCGGACUGCUCGUCAGAAGCAUCAGCACAGAUUCUGUUCUGUUUGAGCCCUUUUUUGUUUUGUUUUCUAUAAAUAGCUAUUUUCUUAAUUUUUUUCCUUUUAUUCCCUUUUUUCACGAGAAUGAAAUUCAUAAAUGCAACCAUCAGUAAAAAUGAAUGAAUUGGCGUGUUUAUACUGUAA